GAGAGAAACUUUUCCCUGUGAUCAAAUCUAUUUAUACUCUCUCUCUCUCUCUCUCUCUCUCUAUUUUUAGUCCCUCUCAUUUCGUUCUCCAUUAGAACACACCUUCCUUGUGCUUCGCUUAUUCUCUCUCUUCGUCUCUCUCUCUCUCUCUCUCUCUCUCUCUCUCUCUCCCCUCUCUUCUUCUUCUUCGGCUUGGGAUAAUAAUAAAUGGCCCAAAUUUACAAGGCCUAGUACAAAUCAAUUAAUUAAAGCAUGGAGGGGGAGACCUUUUCAAAAUGCAACAAGGGAGCAAAUUUAGAUAACAGGGUGAUGCAGAGCUUUCAGAAGAGCUUCGUGCAGGUGCAGAACAUAUUGGAUCAGAACCGUUUACUGAUCAACGAGAUCAAUCAGAAUCACGAGUCGAAGAUCCCCGACAACCUCGGCCGCAACGUCGGGUUGAUCCGCGAGCUCAACAGCAACAUCCGGCGCGUCGUCGACCUCUACGCCGAGCUCUCCGCGGCGUUCGCCACGGCGUCGGAAGGGGACUCUGUUUCUCAUGGCAAAACAGGGCAGAAGAGAAUAAGACCAGCUUAAGAGAGAGGAAAAAAAAAGGGGGGGGGAAACAUUGGAGCUCUUCAAAUAUUUUCUUUUUUUCUUUUUGGGAAACUUUAAUUUUGAGUUUAUAAGUGUGAUUUUUUUUUUUUUUUUGGUAAUGGAAUAGCAGAUUUGGGUAGUUGAUUCUUGCUUAUUGAAGAGAUAUAUGUGGUUAGAACAAAAUAUAUCUUUGGUAUUUGAAUACGAGAAAUAAUUUCAUAUUAAAUGAUAACUAGGGGAGUAAAUUAAGAAU